AUGAUGAGGGAUAACACCAAGAUAUCCUUUCCACGGUGGACGCACGAGCCAACGCUGCGCUCUCUGUUCACUAUGGAGGACGACUGCCUGCUAUACUACAUUGUUACGAGACCGGAGGCCAAGAAGAAGAAGACAACUCGGCUCGACUGGGAAGCGGUCCUGGCAGAGUGGAAGAAACAGCGCCCAAGCACCCGCUCAGCAAGGCGAGUGCAAGAGCAGCUAAGAAAGGUCCUGGCGGACUUUGAUAAUCGAUGCGCAGUCAACAACAACAAGAAGGAGCGAGCCGCUUCCCAGAGCAAGUGGCUCAGCAAGAAGCGCCGAUUCGAGUGGCCGAGACAACGCAGUUGCACUGAUGUGCGAGUUUUGGCCCAGCAGAUGCUGUGCGGCGCAUUUGACGAGUUUGAAAUGCUGAAGGGCGCGGGAGGUCAAGGUGUCGUUGUGGACAAAAUAUUGACGUUAUUGGAAAGUCGUCAACAAGAGUUGAAGAAGCUUCAGCAAGAGGUGGAUCAGAAGAAUGAUGCUGCGAAAACAAAGAAGCGUGAGAUGGAGAAGCAGCGGGAAAAAAUGAAGCAAGAAGACGUGGCUCAUGACAUGCAGCUCAGGAGAAGGUAA